GCCCGCGGCCAGGACGGGCUGUGGGAUGCGGACAGCGACGGCAGCGACGGGGGAGAUGCGGCCCCGGAUGGAUACUCCCACCUAUCAGCCUAUGAAAGGAAAAGACUCAAGAACAUUACAGAAAAUGCUAAAUUCUUUGCUGCUCUAAAGCUGCAUGAGUCAGCUGCAAGACUUGAACAACUUACAACUAAAAGGCGAUCUUAUGUCACUAAAAGAGCCAAGCCUAAAAAGGUGGAGGACGAGCCGGCCCGGCGGCGAUCCAGGCGCCUGCUCCGGGUGGAGCCGCUGGACAUUCCCCUGCUGGAGACGUUCGCCCAGCCAGCAGCAGAGGAAUAUCCUCAGGUUCCUGUCGGACCUUUGCCCAUGGUUCCAGAGGAUCAGGCAGAGAACAGUAAAUGGACAGAGGCCUUACUGGGCACGUGGAUGAGGAUAAGUGAGCUGAAAGCAGAAUGUGCUGACCGGGGCACACCUGACAUAAAGAGGUACCAGGAGAGCCUGAGCAGCAUGGUGCUGAGCGAGGAGAACAUCAGGAAGGUGGUGAAAGCCCGGGUGUGUUCCAUGGCCAUCCACCCUUCUGAGAGCACCAUCCUUGUGGCAGCUGGAGACAAGUUGGGGCACAUUGGCCUCUGGAAUGUGAGCUGCAGGACUGAGGAAGGACACCACAUGUUCAUCCCUCACAGCUUCCAGGUCAACUGCAUGCACUUCUCUCCCUGCAACCCUGCUCACUUGCUGUCCCUCAGCAAUGACACUCUGCGCUGUGGCGAUGUCACCAGGGCUGUCUUUGAUGAGAUCUGCAGGAGUGAGGAGAGCUUCUCGUGCUUCGACUUCCUGGAAGAGCACGCCUGCAGUGCCCUAGUGAGCCACUGGGGCGGGGUGGUGGCCGUGGUGGACACCCGCACCCCGGGGGCAUCCGCGGAGCUCUCUGCGGACAUCGGCUUCGGCAGGACACGGACAGUCCACGUGCACCCCGUCAACAAACACUAUUUCCUGGCUGCUGGCUUGCUGGACGUUUGUGUUUUCGAUGUUCGGUACCUGAAGGCCAAGGGGAACAAGCCCCUGAGCUCUCUCCCAGGACACACCAAAAGCGUGGCCUCGGCCUAUUUCUCACCUGUCACUGGGAGCAGGGUGGUCACGGUGUGUGCUGAUGACAAACUGAGGGUCUACGACACCACAUCCCUGUCACCCACUGCCAAACUGCUCAGCUCCAUCAGACACAACAACAACACGGGCCGCUGGCUGACCCGCUUCAGGGCCAUCUGGGACCCCAAGCAGGAGCACUGCUUCCUGGUGGGCAGCAUGGCACAGCCCAGGCAGAUCCAGGUCUUCCAGGACACCGGGAAAUUGCUGCACUCCUUCUGCAACGUGGACUGCCUCGCCUCCGUGUGCUCCAUCAACGUCGUGCACCCCAGCCAGAACAUCCUGGUGGGAGGCAACUCCAGCGGCCGCCUUCACGUCUUCAAAUAGAAGUGCCUUCGAUCUUCAUUCCUCACCUUUCUGCAUUGACUUUGUUCAUUCCAUAUUCAGCAGUUCCCAAGCUGACUGUUGUUUCUCAGGACAGAAAUGUACUUUGAAGGUCUUAAAAUAAAUUGUUUAAACUGC